CGAAAUAAUAUUCAUUACAUUCAAUAGGUAACUUUGGUGUAGAAUUAUUGGGUAAGAUUGUUUCAUUGAAAGAGUUUUCAAUUGAAGUGAGUCAUUUAUGAAGUGCUUUUUACAAUCAUUAAAUUUCAAUAGCGAUGGCGAUCUAUAAUGUAGAGCAACUGCCAUCACCUUUGAACGUAUUGGGAGAAGGUCCUCACUGGUGUGUCGAGCGGCAAAGUUUAUACUACAUUGAUAUUUACGGUGGAACUAUUCAUCGGUAUGAUUACAAAGAAAAUAAAACCUACACGGCAACAAUUGAUGAUUACCCUGUGAUAUCUUUCAUCAUUCCGGUAAAGAAUAGUACAACGAAAUUCAUUAUUGGAACAGGACGCGAAGUUACAAUGAUUGAGUGGGAUGGAGUUUCUUCAACGGCAAAAUAUGUAAAAACCGUAGGCCAGGUAGAGCUGGAACUGCCUGACAAUCGUUUUAACGAUGCUAAAGUUGAUUCUAGUGGUCGUUUUUAUGGCGGUACAAUGCGACUCGAGGAGAAAGGAGAUAUUUUUGAAUCACGACUUGGAACAUUUUAUCGUUACGAUGCUCAACGAAAGCAGUUUGUGGUAUUGAAAAAAAAUAUCGGUGUAUCUAAUGGGUUAUGUUGGAAUGAAACGAAAAAUUUAUUCUACUACAUCGACUCGUGUGAUUUAGAUGUAAAAGAAUAUUCUGUAGAUGCUAACGGAAAUCUUUUUAAUGAAAGAGUGGUUAUUGAGUUCCGAGAGAAUGGUUCGCGCCCUUCAUUUGUACCCGAUGGAAUGACUAUUGACAUGAAUGGUUUUCUCUACGUUGCUACAUUCGGUGGAUCUACAGUAUACAAAAUUAAUCCUUUUGAUAGUAAAAUUGUAAUGGAAAUAAAAAUACCGGCCGAGCAAGUGACAUCUGUGGCAUUCGGAGGGCCCAAUUUGGACAUACUGUACGUAACAACUUCAGCAAAAGAGUUCAAAUCUCCACAACCUGCGCCUGCUGGUGCUUUGUUUAAAGUUACUGGUUUAGGAGCUAGAGGAACGAUCAUGCAUAGUGUUGACUUGAAUUAGAAGAUCGGUUUGAAUAUUUGAGAUCGAAGAAGACGAAACUAUUCUUUACUAACUAAAGUAUAAAUUUGCAGUUAUGUCUGUGUCAUUUAAUUUCUAGAAGGUUGCCUACCUGUUGCUGUGCACAUUUCGUGGGAAAUAAAUGCACAUAUAUGCGAUAA